UUUCCAGAUACGACGCAGAAAAAGAUGAAAUAGUGAAGAGUGUAGCCGUGACAUUUGGUCCACUGGAAUGGCCCCUUGAUCCAAUCGAGCGACCUAUUCCUAAUGACAUUAUGCUGUAUAGAUAUUUUGCUCAGUUUUUCCUAGCAGGAGAGGUAAUGCCACUGCUGGCCCAGUUUGUGCCGAAAAUGUUGGCGCCGCCUACGACAAUGGUCCGAUCGUGGGCGAAAUUGCAGAAGCGCACAGAAAGUCUCUUGAACGCGCUGGUACUGAAAGAUGUUCAUACAAGAGCGGCACUGAUUGAAGAGUUCAAGAAGAAUGAGAAUUACCUCCUCGAAGAGUAUCUAGACUGGUUACCGGAAUCCUUGCAUGGUACGGUAACGGUCAUGUGGCCGCCAAUGGAGGAGAAAUCCUCUAAAAUGGGUCGAAACAAAAUUUAUUGUAAACCAAAAUAG